GUAUAUGCUUCACCCAUCCACCAGUAGCAGCGGGGAAUACCUCCUUACCUUCGAACCGCCCCGUUAUAAAGAACAACAAAAUUUCAUUGUCAAGACCCCUUGCGACCAAAGACAGUCCAGAGGCAAUCAAACUCAUAUAGCAGGCAGCAUGGAAAAAGCGAAGAAACCUCCCGCUCUCUGUCAAAGUUACGCGGGACAGCUCUGCAAUCCUUGUGUACAAUCAGGUUCGAGCAACGGUGAUAAUACCAGUCUGGAUGCUUACGAUUUAGCAAGUUCGUGUUGUGAUCCGCGGUGCGUUCCUUCCAACAGAAGAAGAUCUCGUAGUCAUAAGGACCAUAGAAAAAGAGACUCGAAGACUGAGGAAACUCAGACUGAUCCUCCACAGACAAGAUCUCGGCCACAUUCCCAGUCAUCGCAGACGACUGCAAAUACUCAAAGCUUUUCCGCACCGAGAAGGUAUUUCCACAUCGGAGCAGGCCUAGUAAGCCAGUGCAGUCUACACUCGUGUACUUCUAGCGAAAUCAGCAAUGUAGUACCUACUACAAUAGCCGAAAGCUCAGCUAAUAGUUACACAACUUCUCUAAGCACCGACACCCUCUAUUGGGACGGUUCCUGUGAUACUUCCAGACAGUUAAGUGUUAAAUCUAAUAAACAUGGCGAUCACCAAAGAUACUCACAACAACCCCAACAGCAAGAAACGAUCUACGUUCAAUACAACCAAGUGAAUAAACCAAAGUCUUGGGACAAUUUAACAACGAAAGCGUUUGGUGGUUAUGGAUUUGGGUACGGAUACCUAGACACCUCUUCCAAAUGUGCUCAGAAAAGCAGUCGGCCUCAUACUAAAGCACAAGGUACACAGUACAUUAGGGUAGACAAGCAGACUGGUGGUAACUGUCCUGGACAACCACAGUAUACACCACAUACCCAUCGGAGGUACUUUCAACCCACUAAAUCAACAGAAAGUUUGCUGUCAGUUCCGAAAUACUCUUCAGAAGCUUUAUCAGAUCCGAGUCUUUCCUGUGAAUGCUUAGAGCCUGUAUCUCCAGGGCCGGACACAACUGAAAGUCGUUUCUUCCAGAGUCCAAGGCAGAAUGUCAUCAGCCCGACUGACCCAAAUUUCGGUUAUUAUAGCGCACGUCGAAAUUCUAAAAAUGAAUAUCCAAAAAAUGUUUCUACGAGUUCAGAAGCUACCAGGCUGUAAUUUUUCAAUUUUGUAACUUUUGCCAUUUAUUCAGUGAAUUAUAAAUACAAAUGAAAGCAUGACUCAA